AAAGCAGCGAUGGUGUGCGAAAAGUGUGAAAGGAAGCUAGCGAAAGUAAUAGUUCCAGAUAAGUGGAAGGAAGGAGCCAGCAACACCAACGAAGCCGGUGGACGUAAAAUCAACGAGAACAAACUCCUCUCUAAGAAAAAACGAUGGACACCUUAUGGAAAUACCAAGUGCAUCAUUUGCAAGCAGCAAGUGCACCAGGAUGCCAAGUACUGUCAUACAUGUGCUUACAGCAAAGGAGUAUGUGCCAUGUGCGGUAAACAAGUUCUUGACACCAAGUUUUACAAACAAAGCAAUGUAUAGCAUAUAACCGAUGCUUUGCUCGUGCUAACUGCUAG